AUGGACGAGCUUCUAGCUUCAAUUCACCAGACCCAGAACGAAGAAGAGCUUUUUGCUCUGCUUUCUUCUUACAAAGACAGACAAUUGUCUAUACGGUUUAUGGUUUCGCUUCUUUCCCGCGAAAAUGACUGGCAGAGAUCACUCGCAUUGCUCGAUUGGGUUCACGAAGAAGCUAAGUACACUCCUUCAGUUUUCGCCUACAACGUCGUUCUUCGAAACGUGUUAAGAGCUAAGCAGUUUGAUAUUGCACACGGACUGUUCGACGAAAUGCGUCAGAGAGCUCUUGCUCCUGAUAGGUUUACUUACUCGACGCUAAUUACUUCGUUUGGCAAAGAAGGUAUGUUCGAUUCGGCUCUUUCAUGGCUUCAGAAGAUGGAGCAGGACCGUGUUUCAGGUGAUCUUGUCUUGUACAGCAACCUCAUCGAGCUUUCUAGGAGGCUGUGUGAUUACUCAAAGGCUAUUUCGAUCUUCUCUAGGUUGAAAAAAUCCGGUAUCACGCCUGAUCUUGUCGCGUAUAACUCGAUGAUCAAUGUUUAUGGGAAAGCUAAGUUGUUUAAAGAGGCGAGAUUGCUUAUAAAGGAGAUGAAAGAAGCUGGUGUCACACCGAACACAGUGAGUUACUCAACUCUCUUGAGUGUUUAUGUAGAGAACCAGAAGUUUCUCGAAGCUUUGUCAGUUUUCGCAGAGAUGAAAGAGGUGAAUUGCUCGCUGGAUCUCACGACUUGCAAUGUAAUGAUCGAUGUUUAUGGUCAGCUUGACAUGGUGAAAGAAGCUGAUAGGUUGUUUUGGAGUAUGAGGAAGAUGAACAUCGAGCCGAACGUUGUUAGCUACAACACUAUCCUCCGUGUCUACGGAGAAGCUGAGCUUAUCGGCGAAGCCAUUCAUCUAUUUAGGCUGAUGCAGAGGAAAGACAUUGAGCAGAACGUUGUUACUUACAACACGAUGAUUAAGAUCUACGGGAAGACUAUGGAGCACGAGAAGGCCACAAAUCUUGUUCAAGAGAUGCAGAGCAGAGGAAUCGAGCCUAACGCCAUUACCUACUCGACGAUCAUAUCAAUAUGGGGAAAAGCCGGGAAAUUAGACCGAGCAGCGAUGCUGUUUCAGAAGCUGAGGAGCUCUGGUGUUGAAAUCGAUCAGGUUCUGUAUCAAACAAUGAUUGUGGCUUAUGAAAGAGUUGGUCUAAUGGGUCAUGCUAAGCGUCUGCUUCAAGAAUUAAAGCGUCCUGAUAACAUCCCUCGAGAAACCGCUAUCACGAUUCUUGCGAAAGCCGGGAGAGUCGAAGAGGCCACAUGGGUUUUCCGGCAAGCUUUUGAUGCAGGGGAGGUUAAAGACAUAUCUGUGUUUGGCUUUAUGAUCAAUCUUUACUCGAGAAACCAGAGGUACGUCAAUGUCAUCGAAGUGUUUGAGAAGAUGAGAAGCUCUGGCUAUUUUCCGGACUCAAACGCGAUAGCUAUAGUGUUGAACGCGUACGGGAAGCAAAGAGAGUUUGAGAAAGCGGAUACGGUUUACAGAGAAAUGCAAGAGGAAGGAUGUGUUUUCCCUGACGAAGUUCAUUUUCAGAUGCUGAGUUUGUACUCUUCGAAGAAAGAUUUUGAGAUGGUUGAAUCUUUGUUUGAGAGAUUGGAUUCUGAUGCUAAUGUUAAUAGCAAGGAGUUGCAUCUUGUUGUGGCGGCUUUGUAUGAGAGAGCAGAUAGACUCAACGAUGCUUCAAGAGUCAUGAACCGAAUGAGAGAACGAGGAAUCCUAAAGCCUUUUGCUGGAUGA